AUGAAUUGUGUGGCCAAAGCCAAGUUCAACAUCCUUCCCACCACCGAUUCCUACAAGGCUAUUCACUAUAAACAAUAUCCACCCAACACAAGCAAAGUUUAUUCCUACUUUGAAUGCUGUGAAAAGAAGUCUGAAAACUCCAAAUUAAGGAAGAUGAAAUAUGAGGAAACUGUAUUUUACAGGUUACAGUACAUUCUUAAUAAAUACUUAAAAGGCAAAGUAGUAACCAAAGAAAAACUCCAGGAAGCCAAAGAGGUCUACAGAGAGCAUUUUCAAGAUGUCUUUAAUGAAAAGGGAUGGAGUUAUAUUCUUGAGAAAUAUGAUGGCCAUCUUCCAACAGAAGUAAAGGCAGUUCCUGAGAGUUCUGUCAUUUGCAGAGAAAAUGUUCUCUUCACAGUGGAAAACACAGAUCCAGAAUGCUAUUGGCUUACCAAUUGGAUUGAGACUAUCCUUGUUCAGUCCUGGUAUCCAAUCACAGUAGCUACAAAUUCCAGAGAGCAGAAGAAAAUUUUGGCAAAGUAUUUGAUGGAAACAUCUGGUAACCUUGAUUUCUUGGAGUACAAAUUACUUGAUUUUGGCUACAGAGGAGUUUUGUCACAAGAGAUGGCUGGCAUAGGAGCAUCUGCUCAUUUCGUUAACUUCGAGGGUACUGAUACAGUAGCAGGGAUUGCUUUAAUUAAAAAAUAUUAUGGAACAAAAGACCCUGUGCCUGGAUAUUCUGUUCCAGCUGCAGAACAUAGUACCAUUACAGCCUGGGGCAAAGAUCAUGAAAAAGAUGCUUUCAAACAUAUAGUAACACAGUUUUCAUCAGUGCCUAUGUCUGUGGUCAGUGAUAGCUAUGAUAUUUAUAGUGCGUGUGAGAAAAUCUGGCUUGCAAAUUUACAACACUUAAUUACAUCAAGGAGUGCAGAAGCACCACUAAUAAUUAGGCCGGAUUCUGGAAAUCCUCUUGAAAAGGUUUUGGACAUUCUAGGUAAGAAGUUUUCAGUUAUUGAAAAUUCAAAAGGCUAUAAAUUAUUGCCACCCUAUCUCAGAGUUAUUCAGGGAGAUGGAGUUGAUAUCAACACCUUAGAAGAAAUUGUUGAAGGCAUGAAGAAAACAAAAUGGAGUACUGAAAAUAUUUACUUUGGUUCUGGUGGAACUUUGUUACAGAAGUUAACAAGAGAUCUUUUGAACUGCUCCUUCAAAUGCAGUUAUGUGGUUACCAAUGGCCUUGGAAUUAAUGUCUUUAAGGACCCAGUUGCUGAUCCAAACAAAAAGUCCAAAAAGGGCCAGCUAUCUCUACAUAGGACACCUACUGGAAAUUUUCUUACCCUUAAGAAAGGAAAAGGAGAUCUUGAAGAAUAUGGUCAUGAUCUUCUCCAUACUGUCUUCAAGAAUGGAAAAAUGACAAAAAGCUAUUCAUUUGACGAAGUACGGAAAAAUGCCCAGUUGAGUAGUGAACUGGAAACGGUACCUCAUUAA